AUGCUACAAGGAGACAGCCCUCAGGAUCUGAUCCAGGCACUCCGCUCCGUCAACAGGGGUAUCCCACCCAACUCCAUUCCUCCUGCCAUCCCUGAUGAGAUCUAUCAUGUUGACACCCAACUCGACCCCGACACCCAAAAAGCGUUCAUUUUCUGGGACGAUAUCAUCCAAGCAUUUUAUAACGCAGUACAUGUCCGUCACAAGACAAGAGUCGUUCCGUUCCUCAGAGGAAAAGACCAUUCGUUUCUUGAGCCUCGCAGGAUCGCCGCUGUGCCGAACAUUGUCUUGGAUGUGGUGGUAGAUACUCCAGUGACCGACAAUGUGGGGGUCGCUUAUCCCCAGGUCCAAGAGCUGGAGCUUCAGCCAGUGCCACCGCAGGACGACAGCACGAUAAAAGUUGAGGUUGUUGAGACCGUAUCCCAGGAUGCCAUCUCAACACCCAGUGCUACAUCGACGCCAAUUGCUGUGACUGUUACAUCCACGCCCAACGCAACAGCCGCUCCCACUGCAACAGCCGCUGUCCGACGGAACCCAGUCUACGGCCUUGUAGAGGAGGCGAUGGAAAACUAUACUCACAUCGACAGACCCCUUGCGUUCCCAUCAGCUCGAGGUCCGCAAACAGUGUUGGACGAUCAAACCCCAGUCGUCAAGGAUCUUCCAACCACUCUUCGCCCUGACAACGACAACAGAUCUCAGCAGCGUGGACCCCAGAACGCAGCAGCCAAUGCGUCCAUGGAGUUGCAAUUGGCACGGGCGAUCAUUAAUGCUAGCGAGGGAGACAAGAACGCCCAGGUCGCGCUUGGCGACAUGUACAAGGCUGGCAAGGGGAUUGCGCAAGACUAUCAGGCGGCCAUGGAUUGGUACCUCAAGGCGGCCGAGCAGGGAGAUGCCAUUGGACAUCAGAGAGUAGGCGCCCUCUACGAUGAAGGAUUUGGUGUACCGCAGAAUUACUCAACAGCCAUGGAUUGGUACCUCAAGGCCGCCGAACAAGGAUAUGCUAUCGCUCAAUGUAGCAUCGGAGUUCUCUACAACCGUGGUCGCGGUGUUCCCCAAGACGAUACACAAGCGAUGGAAUGGUACCUCAAGGCCGCCAACCAAGGGCAUGUCGACUCCCAGUACGGCGUCGGCUUUCUCCACAAGCAAGGUCAAGGCGUUUCUCAGGACUACAAACAAGCGAUGAAAUGGUACCUCAAGGCCACCCAGCAAGGACAUGUCUCCGCACAAUUCAGCAUCGGGGUCCUCUACCAACACGGCCAAGGUGUUCCCCAAGACUAUGCGCAGGCGAUGAAAUGGUACCUCAAGGCCGCCAAUCAAGGACAUGCCAACGCACAAUUCAGCAUCGGAACUCUCUACCAACACGGCCAAGGUGUUCCCCAAGACUAUGCGCAGGCGAUGAAAUGGUACCUCAAGGCCGCCAAUCAAGGACAUGCCAACGCACAAUUCAGCAUCGGAACUCUCUACCAACACGGCCAAGGUGUUCUCCAAGACUAUGCGCAGGCGAUGAAAUGGUACCUCAAGGCCGCCAACCAAGGGCAUGUCGACUCCCAGUACGGCGUCGGCUUUCUCCACAAGCAAGGUCAAGGCGUUUCUCAGGACUACAAACAAGCGAUGAAAUGGUACCUCAAGGCCGCCAAUCAAGGACAUGCCUCCGCACAAUUCAGCAUCGGGGUCCUCUACCAACACGGCCAAGGUGUUCCCCAAGACUAUGCGCAGGCGAUGAAAUGGUACCUCAAGGCCGCCAAUCAAGGACAUGCCAACGCACAACACAACAUCGGCUUUCUCCACAACCGAGGUGAAGGCGUUCCCCAAGACUACGCAGAGGCGAUGAAAUGGUUCCUCAAGGCCGCCAAUCAAGGGAAUGCUUUGGCUCUAAACAGCAUCGGUCUCCUUUACUAUAACGGUCGAGGUGUUCCCCAGGACUUUGCACAAGCGAUGGACUGGUACACCAAGUCCGCCGAGAAAGAGAGCCACGUUGCUCAAUAUAACAUCGGCGUGCUUUAUAAAAACGGCCAUGGUGUUCCUCAAGAUUAUUCAAAGGCCGCGGAGUGGUUCUCUAAGGCUGCCGACCGAGGACAUAAGGGCACCAAGGGAGCAUUAGACGCCUUGAAGGAAAGCGGUGUUGUUGUGAGCUAA